CAGAAAAAUCUCUACUAAUACGAGGGCCGAAGUGUCCUCAUGAUGCAUUUCACUGCUUUAUUCACAGCUGCUUUUCUGAUUCCGACUCUAACCGCCAAUUUGUACAGUUCUGGAAUGUUUCUGGUGCGCAUUUCAUCAGAACGACGACAUCGCAUUCAUUACUGCUUCACAGAACUACCGUAUACCCUAGAAAUGCACCAGAAGGGGCGAUGUCUCAAGUCUGGCCAAGUUGAUGUGGCCAGGCAAACUGAAAAAGUUAUCGACUUACGGCUUAUGAAUGUGUCUACGGCCUACCUUACCUUAGAAUUCACCGUACCAGCUAAAGGAUUUGGCCCACCCAAGAAAGUUGCAGAGCGGGUUAUUGUCGAUGGAGCUUUGCCAGCCAAACGCAUAGCUGUCGGUGGACUGUUUAUAAACUUCGUUACGAUUUGUGACAGACCUUGGUACGGCCUCAUGUGCGCAAGAUACUGUAUCGAACAUGAAAAUGCUCAUUAUGUUUGCGAUCCCCGUGGUGAAAAAGUGUGCCUAGUAGGAUGGACUGGAACGGACUGCGAUAUUGCAAAAGAAGCUAUCUUUCCCAUGCCAUUUGAGACGACUGACGCUUCACCACCUCCAGCUCCACCACCUGAAAAUCCUAUACCAAGUACAAGUACUGGUAGGUUAACAACGGAAGUUUCUGGAUCUGCAAUCAAAGCGACUACCACAGUUAUUAGCUCACUGUCCGGUGCAAUCAAAGAAAAGAAAACAACAACUACGACUAACACCGCUAUGACAUCUACUACAGUUUCUACAUCGCAAACAGUAAUUACUAAUUCAAAAACCACGGUGCCGCCCACCCGACAAGGUCCUACAAGCAGGAAAGAAUCUUCACUUAAAACCUACGCAAUGCGGAACCCAUCCACUGUCAGAGAUUCAACUACGAGUUCCACUGAAGAAAUUGUUUUGCUGAUUAUUUUACCCGUCAUCGCACUGAUUCUACUCGGCUAUCUGCUCAUUGUACUUGCUCGUCAUUCUUCAGUGCAGAAUUGGAUUAACUCACAAAAGGCGAAAAUUUUUGCAUCAAGUUGUUCGACAAGAAGUGAUGAGGAGGUGGAGGAGGAGACCUUGCCAAAGGUCUUCGCUAUUGACAUAAACAAGAACAGCAAGAAAAUAGAAACCUUCGAUUCAUCCGAAAAGCUCGGUCCUCGUUAUUCGUCCCAGCCAACGUCAGGCGCCACCAGGGAUACGUCGACACACGACGUGAGCGUGGUCGAGUCGAAUAUGUACCAUGAAAUCGACUCGUUUCUCGUCCCCCCAGUUGUGGACCUACGGAUCGCUACUUUGGUCUAAUAAAGGGCAUAUGGCCAGCCUAGUAAUGUUAAAGACAGCUGGGACAUCAGCGAAAAUCUUUCGAGUAGGU